GUUUGCCAAAGGGCGGAUUCGAGCCGUCGUGACCAUCGUAGGGCUCUACACCUACACGCGGAUGGCCCGCGGGGAAAACCCGAAAAGGAAAGCCUUGAAGAGAGCAAGAGAAAAAAAGCGAGAAUGCUGAUAGACAGAAUUCGGCAUCGAAUCGGAGUGUCCUUGCAGCUGUCCAAACACACACACGGUCCCAGGAUUUGCUUGAAAUGCACUCCACCCUGGCAGUGAUCAUCGGAGGACGAACCCACAGGGGGUGGGUUACCAUGUAGGGGAAUGUUGACCUUGGGGAAACCCUCAAAAUCGUGAUUUGGAGCGGGUACAAGGACUCUCCAUGCGGGAUAGGUGCACUCAGCCAGGGGAAUGAAGCUGAACGAGCGUAGUGUGGCGCACUAUGCCACCUGCGACUCCCCGCCCGACAAGACGGGCUUCCUGUUCAAGAAGGGCGAGCGGAACACGGCGUUCCACCGGCGCUGGUUCGUGCUGAAGGGGAACAUGCUGUUCUACUUCGAGGAGCGGGAGAGCCGCGAGCCGGUGGGCGUCAUCGUGCUGGAGGGCUGCACGGUGGAGCUGUGCGAGUCGCCGGAGGAGUUCGCCUUCGCCGUGCGCUUCGACUGCGCCCGCGCCCGCGUCUACAAGAUGGCCGCCGAGAGCCAGGCGGGCAUGGAGUCCUGGGUGAAGGCCCUGUCGCGGGCGAGCUUCGACUACAUGCGCCUGGUGGUGCGGGAGCUGGAGAGGCAGCUGGAGGAGAUGCAGGAGGCUGCGGGCGGGGUGGGGUCUCUGCAGGGCCGGGGCAAGGGCCCCAGGCGGCUGGGGAGCAGACGGUCCAAAGCCUCCCAUCACCCCCCCGAGGUGCAGCCGCGGGAUAACGGGGUCUCCUGGAGCAAGCCUGCCGCCACCCCGCCAAACGGCUCUGACACCCCCCCGGCCCCCAUCCCCUGGGACGAGGGGGGCGAGGGGAGCAGCGAUGGGGUCCGGCCCCCCCCUGUGCCCCCCCGCAGGAGGAGCGGGCUGGGGGGAUCCACCUCCUCGCUGGAGAGCCCCGUUUCCCCGGAUACCGUGUGCUUCUCCAAACUGCACAGCUGGUACGGCAGGGAGGUGGCCCUGCUGAGGGAGGAGUGGCAGCAGAGCCAGUGAGGACUCCUAUACUCGCACACUUCUACACACACACACUCACAUACUUCUAAAUGGUAAAUGGUUGGCAUUUAUAUAUCGCCUUUAUCUAAAGCGCUGUACAAUUGAUGCUUCUCAUUCACCCAUUCAUACACACACUCACACACCGACGGCGAUUGGCUGCCAUGCAAUGCGCCGACCAGCUCGUCAGGAGCAUUUGGAGGGUUAGGUGUCUUGCUCAGGGACACUUCGACACAGCCCGGACGGGGGAUCGAACCGGCAACCCUCCCACUGCCAGGCGACUGCUCUUACUGCCUGAGCCAUGUCGCCCCAUUUCCACUUCGAGCCAGUGAGGACCGGAGACCGUUACACUUAUCGAUAGACACUCCAGAACACGCAUACACACAUACGCACACGUGCACGCACGCAUGGAGCCAGUGAGGACUCGUAUACUCACACUCUUCUACACGCACCCACACACACAUACGGAGCCAGUGCGAACCAGAGACUAUCACACUAUCACACUUAUAGACAGACACAUUCCAGCUCACGCAUGCACACACACACACACACACAAACACACACACAGGUACAUAUUUACAUGCUUACAUAUAAGCACACGCAGUCUUAUUGCAUCCUCCUCAAGGACAAACAUGGUGUAAACCACCUGCAGCUCAGCUCAACUGUACAGGAUAAUUUUCUGCGCUGGACGUGUUUUUAAUGACAAUCUGUCGAGGGCAGAUCAGUGGGCUCUUCCUUCCUGUGCUGAAUGUGUGGAGAGACACAGUGCUGUUGCUCCCACUGUUCAGACUCACUGCGGUUUUGUCAUUUCAGUUUUUCUGCUUAUGAUGUGUUUUUAACGGUUCCCUUUUGCCUAGUUUUCUUCUAGAAAGAAACUGGUCUCUUAAAAUUGCAAUCUUAUUUUUUUUAUUUCUUACUAUGUUUUUUUACUGAUGUUGCUCCUAUUCCUGUUGUGAUAUGUACCUGAAACUGUUACAUGUUUUCUAUUGUGUGUACACAGAAUCUUAAAUUGUAUUUUUAUUUUUAUCAGCUGUGGUUAGUAGGCUGUGUCCAACAGGAAAACAUUCACAGACGGUUUCAAAAGUCUCCAGCUGUCCACCCGUUACGUACUUCAGAGAGUUUUGACCGGUACAAGCAGAUUGAAAAGGGUAGUAAGUGGGCUUGUUCCAAUCGCUUAUUUUAUCCUUCCUCGUCUCUUUGUUCCUUAUCUGACCCAGAAAUAGAUCAAGAUCCACCAUCUUUGAGGAUGUUCCAAUCCAUGAAAUGUUCCUUCAAGGAGCUAGGAACCAGGAGCUUGUAAAUGAUCGACCUGUGGAUCCACCUCUCUCUCCACCUAGCCACACAUCUGACUAACAAGGACAUUCCAUUUGCCUAAUUCACGUUCUCAUUACCCCUGUCUUCACCUCCUUUUCUUGCUUCUUUUCCUUGCCUCCCUGAUGGGUGGAGCUAGGAGCAAGAAAAUGAGGCGAGGAGAGGAAGAAGGAAGUGAACAAUACAAUUGGCAGGAGCCCUGGAGCAGUCGAGGACUGAGGAGAUGAGGGUGGAUAAAAUGAGUGCUUGGAAUGAGCCCCUGGGUCAGUGAGUUUGGUUCAGCUGGGUUAGGGUUCGGACAGUUAAGUUACCCAGAGUUCCACCUGUAGCAGUGUGCAUUUCCUUAUAUGACCACUAGGUGGCACCACUCAAAUUACUCAUCGGCCAUAAACGGAUAAACUGUAAUGAUCAACGGAUAAACUGAAAUACAUGCAAGUUAUGUACACUCCUGCCGUUGCCCUAAAUCAAGGCACUGGCCUCAGAACUGGUGUUGGUCCCCAGGUGCUGUACUGUUACUGCCUCUGGUUAAAAUGCAGGAGAACAUAUUAACCCACGGGGUUCAAUGAAGUGUGACUAACAGCUUAAUCUUUAAGCGGGAUGUGAUUUACCAGGGCAGUGUUCUGCCGUCCGUGUUUAUUAGCCUGGUUGGGCGCGCCUCUGCGAUGGGCCUCCACGGUCUGAUAGUGUUCACUGUGGACCCAGGAGGGCGAGCCGUAAAACUCUUGACACAUCCACGUCCUGCCAGACCCACGUAUUGUUUACCAACACGCAGUGUUACUAUGUGACAAGGGCUGGGGUUCUGGCCGGCAAAAUCCUCACUUUGGGGGAUGGCUUUUGCAUGCUUUCAGUUUUUUUUACUUAUGGCCACACUAUCUACUGUAUCUUGUAGUGUCAGGCUUUAUUACCAAUAUUAUCUUUACAGCCAGAAUGGCAAACACUGCAGUUGUAUUCUAUUCCUAUAUCAGUCUAUGGUGGGACUUGUCAUUAUUGGGUUCUGUUUUAAGGAGGUACGGUUUGGCGAUUAUGUAACUGUACAACCUGUAUAACUUACAGAUAUGCAGCUUUGAUUUGAAUUGCUUGUGUAUGGAUUCUUAAACUCGCUCUCAGUGUAACUCUUAAGGCCAUAGUUUUCUAAGAUCUCAAUAAGUUGAGAUGUUUUGGUACGUGAAGUUUUUGGGCGUGUUGGGAGAAAGGAGAAGUUGUUUGGUACGGUGCUUGGAGAGAGUGGCGUUCAGUCCUCCACCGCUCUGAGGUAUGAGCGCUGGCUGUUUUUACAAACCCGAAAAUAAUUUUUCUGGUAAACAUCACCUGCAUAGUCUUCAGAACGCAUUCCUCCUUUAUAUUCGUUUUUUUCUGGGUUUGGUGAAUCCUGUUUCUAAAAAAAAAAAAAAAUUAAAAUAAAACUGACCAUGGCACUGUGCCUGAGAGAACUGGCCAGCAGUCCCGAAAUUUCAGCCAGGAACAAUCUACUAGUAUUUACUAGUAGUAAACCCUCAAUUUUUUGUGGUGUUCGUGCACAAUAAUAUGGGUGGGAGCUCUCUUAUCUAACCACUCUGGGACCUUGUUAGCUCUUCAUCAGCAGGAACCAAAACUGUGAAAAAACACCUGGAUUUUUUCUGUGCUUUUUGAUUUUUGAAUUUUUGUAACAACUUGUUUAACCACUCAAAUCCUCGAAAUCGCUGAAAACUAAUGUGGUUUUGACAAGAGAUCAAUGGCUGAAGUUAUUGAGGUUUGUCAGAAUUGGGAAAUGGAGAGAAAUGCUGUUGAAAGGAGACGAGUUACGCUGGAACCUGAAACUGAAUGACUGGAAAAGAUAAACGGAAAGACAGAGUAGAUUACUGAAAUGGGACAUUGCAAUGCGUCUUUGUUUUCAGGUAUUCCAUGAAUGCAGCAUGAUUGGAUUCUCCGCGGUGACGAGUGUAUUCACAAACCAAUAAACAACCAUUAAACAA